GUGAAAACGUUAAGGAGGAAAUAAAUCAAACUGUCGAUUUCGCAAAGCAAUACACAAGGUAGUUAAACUCAAAGUUAGUACCGUGUUCAAAAGUAAAAUCAAUGUGAACUGGCCUCGUGUGUUAGAUGUUAAUUUGUAAUGAGUUUAAAAGAAAAUACAGUAUUAGUGCUUCACGCAAUAUCACUCUUGGUUGUUAUAGAAUACGCAACGUCAAAAUCAAAUGUAAAAACUGUAAAAACGGAAAUGUGUUUAAACUUGGAUAAAACUGUUAGAGCUCAGCGCAAGUCCUGUUUGUUGCGGCCUGACACAGGCCCCUGUCGAGCAGACAUUGUGCAGUGGUACUUCGAUGCGAAACAAGAAAAAUGUUACCGCUUCUUCUACGGUGGCUGCCAGGGGAACGGGAAUCGAUACCCUAGCCAAUCAGAUUGCCUAGAUCGUUGCUACGUCAAUUCGAACCUAUCAAAAAACCCAAUACCACAGUUCUGCAAUCUCGCGUUUGAUUACGGACAUUGCUUCGGACAAUACAACAGAUGGGGCUGGGACCCCUUAUAUAAGGGAUGCAGACGUCGCUUAUACUCUGGCUGUGGAGGCAAUCAAAACAAUUUUGAGACUCUGAGUGAAUGCAUGGCAACUUGUCUCGUAGGACCAGCCAACAGUAUGACCCAGAUGAAAACAUACACGACUUGUAUACCUUUCACUAUCGGCGAAGUUUAACCAAAUCUGUGAAUGAACAUCGACAGACAACAGAAAACAUAAUUGUUCUGCAUGCAGGUUGAAGGAAAUCUUUCUGGGAAAUGAAAUAUGGAAAACAUUAGUGAAUAAUAUCGUGUGAUCAAA